AUGCUCAGCAAGUCGAUUGUCGUGGCGCUCUUGGGGCUCGCCUCCCUGGUCACUGCCGAGAGAAAGGGACCCGUUGCCGACGUUCCCCUCAUCGCCCACACCGGCACUCCCGUCGGCAAGGAGGUUUCCUACAACGGACUGACCCAAUACGUCUCGAAGCCCAAGAAAUGGAGCGCGCAUGGCAACAAGACAACCGGGGUUUUGUACCUGACUGAUGUCUUUGGCAUCCAGCUGGACCAGAACAAGCUGCUCACCGACAGCUUCGCCCGCGCCGGCUUCGUCUCCGUCGCGCCCGACCUGUUCAACGGCAACCCGGCGCCCAACGACAUCAACAUCCCCGGCUUCAACACGACGCAGUUCCUCGCGCAGCACGGCCCCAACGUGACGGACCCCAUCGUCGCCAACUCGAUCCGCUACCUCCGCGAGGAGCUCGGCGUCGACAGGGUCGCCGUCACCGGCUACUGCUUCGGUGGCCGCUACGCGUUCCGCGUCCUCGCCGACGGCAAGGGCGCCGACGUCGGCUUCGCCGCCCACCCGAGCCUGCUCUCCGACGACGAGAUCAAGGCCAUCACCCGCCCCGCCAGCGUCGCCGCUGCUGAGACGGACAAUCUCAUGUCUCCCGCCCGUCGCGCCGAGGUCGAGGCGCUCCUCAGCCAGACCGGACAGCCGUUCACGGUUGCGCUGUACAGCGGCACCUCCCACGGCUUCGGCGUCCGCGCCAACGUCUCGGACCCCAGGCAGAAGUUCGGUAAGGAGGAGGCUUUCCUCCAGGCUGUGCGCUUCUUCGACGUCUGGGCUUGA